AUGCAUCUGAGUCAUUCCCUGCUCAUUGUGCUCUUCGGCCUCCCAGCUCUGCUGGGUUAUCGAGCUCUGUGGCAGUUCAGGUCCAUGAUCCUGUGCACGGUACCCGAUAGCUGGCCAGCGCUGGACUACGCUGAUUACGGCUGCUACUGCGGGCUGGGAGGCUCUGGCACACCUGUUGAUGAGCUUGACAGGUGCUGUCAGGUCCACGACCAGUGCUACAGUGAUGCCAUGCAGCACGAUGACUGCUGGGCCAUCCUGGACAACCCCUACACUGAAAUAUACAGCUAUAACUGUGACAACGCCAGCAAAACUGUCACCUGCCUGGAUGACAACGAUCCGUGUGAGAAAUUUAUCUGCGAGUGUGACAGGAAAGCAGCCAUGUGCUUCGCUGAGGCUGGUUACAAUGAGGAAAAUGCUGACAUCCCGAGUGACCGCUGCCAGUGA